UUUUUUUUUUCUGUGCGUUUUCCAUGUAAACCCUAGAUUAAUUUUUCGCAUUCAUUUUUGUGUGGAAAAAGAUCGGAUUCCUCUUUUGCUAAGAAGUGAAAAGUUUUACUGAGUUGUUCGUGGAGAUUAUUCUUUGUGUCUCUCAUUCCUGCAUUUGGGUUUUCUGUCGCGGGUUGGUUGGUGCAGAUUUGUUGAAGUGAUUCAUUUUUCCACGAGUUUGGCUGAUUGGCUGGUGCAGAUUUGUUGAAGUGAUUCAUUUGUCUAAGAGAUUUUGGAAUUCUUUCGUCUCUAGCUACUUUAGAAGAUGAUUUCUAGGUCGUACACCAAUUUGUUAGACUUGGCCUCAGGGAACUUCCCUGUCAUGGGAAGAGAAAGGAGGCGACUUCCAAGGGUAAUGACAGUGCCCGGUAAUGUGUCUGAGUUUGAUGAAGAUCAGGCCUACAGCGUUUCAUCUGAUAAUCCAUCCUCGAUUUCCACGGACCGAAUGAUCAUUGUGGCUAAUCGGCUUCCCUUGAAAGCAGAGAGACGUAAUGGAAGCUGGAAUUUCAGUUGGAACCAGGAUUCAUUGUAUUUACAGCUUAAGGAUGGUCUGCCAGAGGAUAUGGAAGUAUUAUAUGUAGGGUCCUUGGAUGUUGAUGUGGAUCCAUACGAGCAAGAUGAUGUUGCACAGAUACUGUUGGAUGGAUUUAAGUGUGUUCCAACCUUUCUCCCACCUGAUUUGCAAUCAAAGUUUUACGAUGGUUUCUGCAAGAGGCAGCUAUGGCCACUCUUCCAUUACAUGCUGCCCUUUUCAGCAGAUCAUGGAGGCAGAUUCGAAAGGUCUCUUUGGGAGGCUUAUGUUGCCGCGAAUAAAUUGUUCUUCCAGAAAGUAAUUGAGGUUAUAAACCCAGAUGAUGACUAUGUCUGGGUACAUGACUACCAUUUGAUGGUCCUACCAACGUUUUUGAGAAGACGAUUUAAUCGAAUAAGGAUGGGUUUUUUCCUCCACAGCCCAUUCCCCUCGUCUGAGAUAUACAGGAGUCUUCCUGUACGCGAAGAGAUACUCAAGGCUUUGCUCAAUAGUGACCUCAUUGGUUUCCACACGUUUGAUUAUGCUCGUCAUUUCCUUGCUUGUUGCAGUCGGAUGUUUGGUCUGGAAUAUCAAUCUAGGAGAGGCUAUAUAGGGCUUGAAUACUUUGGAAGAACUGUAGGGAUCAAGAUCAUGCCUGUUGGAAUCAAUAUGUCUCGUAUACAAUCGGUUAUGAGGCUUUCAGAAGAUGAGGGUAGGGUGAGAGAGCUCAAAAAGCGUUUUGAAGGUAGGACACUUUUGCUAGGUAUUGAUGAUAUGGACAUUUUCAAGGGUAUUAAUUUGAAGCUUCUAGCGAUGGAACAGAUGCUUAAGCUGCAUUCAAAAUGGAGGGGGAAGGCUGUCCUGGUCCAGAUCGUAAAUCCUGCUUGGGGUAAUGGAAUCAAUAUGGCGGAAACAUGUGCUGAAAUACAAGAAAGUUGCAGGAGGAUCAACGAAGAAUUUGGGGAACCCGGAUAUCAACCCAUCGUAUAUAUUGAUACCCCUGUUCCAAUUAGUGAAAAGGUUGCUUAUUACAAUAUUGCUGAGUGUGUAGUUGUCACGGCCGUUAGGGAUGGUAUGAACCUUACUCCUUAUGAAUAUAUUGUCUGUAGACACGGCUUGCUUGGCUCAGAAUCAGAUUUAUGUGGACCAAAGAAAAGUAUGCUGGUUGCAUCAGAGUUUAUUGGGUGUUCCCCUUCGCUUAGUGGGGCUCUACGUGUAAAUCCAUGGAAUGUUGAAGCCACUGCAGAGGCAUUAAAUGAAGCCAUCUCAAUGGGUGAUCCCGAGAAACAGAUGCGUCAUGAAAAACAUUUCCGAUAUGUUAGUACACAUGAUGUAGGUUAUUGGUCCCGAAGUUUCUUGCAAGACUUGGAGAGGAUAUGUGCAGAUCAUUUCAAGAAACGGUGUUGGGGCAUGGGCAUUAGCUUUGGUUUCAGAGUGGUGGCUCUGGAUCCCAAUUUCAGAAAGCUUUCGAUACCUUGCAUUGUGUCAGAUUACAAAAGGGCAAAAAGUAGGGCUAUAUUGUUGGAUUAUGAUGGCACUCUGAUGCCGCAAAACUCCAUCAAUAAGGCCCCCAGCGGGGAAGUUAUAAACAUAUUGAAUGCACUUUGUUCAGACCCAAAGAACACCAUCUUCAUUGUCAGUGGAAGAGGGAGGGACAGCUUGGACAAGUGGUUUUCUCCAUGCAAAAACCUUGGAAUUGCAGCUGAGCAUGGAUACUUCUUGAGGUGGUCCCAAAAUGGAGAAUGGGAAACAUGUGGUCAGAGUACUGACUUUGGCUGGAUGCAGAUUGUGGAACCCGUAAUGAACCAGUACACUGAGUCUACCGAUGGUUCAGCAGUUGAAACUAAAGAGAGUGCUUUGGUUUGGCAAUAUCGAGAUGCAGAUCCUGUCUUUGGAUCUUUACAGGCAAAGGAAAUGUUAGAGCACUUAGAGAGUGUUCUGGCUAAUGAGCCUGUUGCUGUUAAAAGUGGCCACUAUAUUGUGGAAGUCAAGCCUCAAGGCGUUAGCAAAGGAUCUGUGGCGGAAAAGAUUUUUACAUCGAUGGCUGAAAAGGGGAAGCCAGUUGAUUUUGUGCUGUGUAUAGGGGAUGAUCGAUCUGACGAGGACAUGUUUGAAGCCAUAGGUAAUGCAAUGUCGAAGAGAAUUCUUUCCGAAAAUGCUCUAGUCUUUGCUUGCACAGUUGGUCAAAAGCCGAGCAAGGCGAAGUAUUACGUGGACGACACAUCUGAAGUUACUAGCAUGAUUGAAUCACUAGCCGAAGCAUCUGAUACCGCAAGCUUUUCCAUGACAGAACUCGAGGGUGCCCUUUGAGUUGAAUCCCCAAAUCUUUACCUUUUCCUCCAUUGCUGCUAAAGAUUUAUGCCUCAGAUAAGGCAUGGAAGCAAUGAAAUCAGAUCUGCGAUUCAUUUGAUUCACACUGUGACAAAUCUAAUAGUUGUUAUUGGGAUGAUCAUUGCAUAAAGAGUGGAAAGUACCCUCUCUGGUUUGAUGAAUAACACGGACCUGCAUGAGAAGAUUGAAACGAAGAGAAAGUGGGCAAAAUGCAUCUGUGGAGGAGAUUCAGGUGGGUACCCAACCGUGUCUUUGGGGGUGUUUGUGCAGGAUGAAGCCAUUAACAGCUAAGUUCUUUUCCUUGGACCUUUUGAUUUGUAAUUGAAUCUGCUAAGAACUCGGGAGAAAACCAAACACUAAGCUGCAACUUUUUUUUUUUUUUUGCAUUAGAUAAGAGUCUGGUGUUUAAUAGUUGGAAGAAUUGUAUGUAAAAGCUAACUUAACUUUUGCUGUGUUUCAAAGUCUUAAAUAUUUACAUCUUGGGCUUUGGCUCA